CCGGGUUCUUCUUCCGGGCACGUUAUUGUUGCAUCAGCGUCCAACCAUCUAACACAGCCACAAUGUCCACCUCAGCAGAGCCAGCCUUUGAGUGUGGCUUCUUGCUGCAGAUAAAAGAGGAGGCCACACUGGCUGCGGCCCUGAAUGACUACAUAUCCUCACGCAGCUACCUGGCUGGGUUCAGCCCCUCCCAGGCCGACCAGAAAGCCUUUAAGCUCCUCGGCAGGCCCCCAGAUCCGCAUCACGUCCACGCUCUGCGCUGGUAUAAACACAUAGCCACCCUGCAGCAGGAGCUCACCUCUGAGAGCAGCAUGAAAGAAAAGCGGGUUCAGCCACAGUGGUCUGCACCAGCCGGAACAGAUGUUCCCCAACUUCUGCUCUACAAUAGUCUGACAAGAGCAAAGGAGCCUUUUGUUCCUCAGAAAGGGAAUAAAGUGACGUGGUACUGCUGUGGACCUACAGUGUAUGAUGCCUCACACAUGGGACAUGCCAGAUCCUACAUAUCAUUCGAUAUUCUGCGACGGACACUGCGAGACUACUUCAAGUACGACGUCUUCUACUGCGUGAACAUCACGGACAUAGAUGACAAAAUCAUUAAACGUGCUCGACAGAACUACCUUGUAGACCAGUACAAGGAGAAGAAGCCACCUGCUGCUCAGAUACUGCAGGAUGUCCUGACCGCCAGAGAGCCGUUCCAGCUGCUGUUGGCUUUGACCACUGACCCAGACAAAAAGCAGAUGCUGGAAAGGCUGGACGCCUCUGUCACUGCUGCCCUUCAGCCCCUGCAGGCAGCAAUGCAGAGCAAUGCUGAAGGGGUAGAGCCUCUGGCCCAGGUGCUGUUGGAGAGCGCCAAAGACCUUCUGGCUGACUGGUUGGACAAGCAGUUUGGCAGUCAAGUGACAGAGAACUCCAUCUUCUCAACUCUCCCCAAUUAUUGGGAGGGGGAGUACCACAAAGACAUGGCCGCCCUGAAUGUUCUCCCACCUGACGUCCUCACCCGGGUCAGCGAAUACGUUCCGGAGAUCGUGGAGUUUGUGAAGAAAAUCGUCUCUAAUGGUUACGGGUAUGAAUCAAACGGUUCCGUAUACUUCAACACAUCAAAGUUUGACACCAGUCCAAAACACUCGUACGCCAAACUGGUACCAGAGGCAGUCGGGGACCAGAAAGCUUUACAAGAAGGAGAGGGUGACCUGAGUAUCUCUGCUGACAGAUUAAGUGAGAAAAGGUCCCAGAAUGAUUUUGCUUUGUGGAAAGCCUCCAAACCAGGAGAGCCAUCGUGGGACUCUCCAUGGGGGAAGGGACGUCCAGGCUGGCACAUUGAAUGUUCGGCGAUGGCUGGUUCUAUUUUGGGAGAGUCCAUGGACAUCCACGGUGGUGGGUUUGAUCUGCGUUUUCCCCAUCACGACAACGAGCUGGCUCAGUCUGAGGCUUUCUUCGAUAAUGAUUACUGGGUGCGAUACUUCCUUCACACCGGGCACCUGACAAUUGCAGGCUGCAAGAUGUCGAAGUCUUUGAAGAACUUUAUCACCAUUAAAGACGCCUUGGCAAAGAACACAGCUCGUCAGCUCCGCCUCGCCUUCUUGAUGCAUUCCUGGAAAGACACGCUGGAUUACUCCUCCAACACAAUGGAGUCAGCUGUCCAGUACGAGAAGUUCAUGAAUGAGUUCUUCCUCAAUGUGAAAGACUUGCUGCGAGCUCCAACUGACAUCACAGGUCAGUUUGAAAAGUGGGAGGAAGCAGAGAUGGAGCUGAACAGUAGUUUCUUGGACAGGAAGUCCGCCAUACACAAGGCUCUGUGUGACAAUGUGGACACUCGCACAGCCAUGGAGGAAAUGAGAGUGUUGGUCAACCAGAGCAAUAGCUACAUUGCCAGCAGGAAAAGUGCCAAACUGAAGCCCAACCGCCUGCUGGUGGAGAGCAUUGCUGUUUACCUCACCAGCAUGCUGAAGAUAUUUGGUGCCAUUGAAGGAUCAGAUCCUAUAGGUUUCCCCAUGGGAGGACAAGGUCAGAGUAUCGAUCUGGAGAGCACAGUGAUGCCGUACCUCACAGUGUUGUCAGAUUUCAGAGAGCGCGUCAGAAAAAUUGCCCGAGAGCAGAAAGUGACUGAGUUGCUGCAGCUCUGUGAUGCAGUGCGUGACGAUACGUUACCGGAGCUCGGAGUCCGACUUGAGGACCAUGAAGGUCUGCCUACAGUGGUGAAACUGGUGGACAAGGAAACACUGCUGAAGGAGAGAGAGGAAAAGAAGAAGAUGGAAGAGGAGAAGAAGAGAAAGAAGGAAGAGGCUGCCAGGAAGAAACAGGAACAAGAGAUGGCUAAACUCGCCAAGAUGAAAAUCUCUCCGAGUGAAAUGUUUCGCACAGAGACUGACAAAUAUUCCCAGUUUGAUGAAACGGGUUUCCCCACACAUGAUGCAGAAGGGAAGGAGCUCAGUAAGGGACAAGCUAAGAAGCUGCGAAAGCUUUACGAGGCUCAGGAGAAGUUGCACAACGACUAUCUUCAGAUGAACCAAAAUGGGAACUGAUGGGGGUUUUUUUCAUUCAAGCCAUCCACUUCUGCAUUUUAUUACCCCUCAGAAUAUUAUUAUUAUUAUUAUAAUAAUAUUCUUAUCAAUCUGUUAAAACCUAAAGCCAUGACUCAAGUUACUCAGACUUCAUUUAAUUACAUCCAGAGAUACCAGCUCUCGGCUCCAAACUGACGGAGUAGAAUAAUAAUCAUGGUUCGUCUGUUUAUCUGGUCAGAAAACAUCAUGAAGAAACUCUGCACAACUUUUUUUAUUUUCUCACACAAAUCCAUACAUUAUUACAAUAGAAGACAUUGGAGAGGGCCACAUUUAAAUGGACUCUCUCCUCAUUUUGUAUGCGUCUCUUCAUAUCCCUGAGACUGAAAAAACCAGUGACCGGUUAAUCUUGGUCAGAACCUAUUAUGAGUUUUCAGCUUGUUGCAGGUUGUAUUUUCAUAUGUAGCAAUAAAAUGCAUUCUAGUUUCAUCUUCCAUGACCACUUGUGAUCAUGCUGUAAGUACUGUAAUGAAUACCAUUUCUGUUCAUGAAGACCAAAUGAUGUUUUUAACCAGUCUUGCUGUACAGGUGCGUCCGCUGACCGUGUGUCUUUUUGUUUUCGUGAGUCAGAAAAGUCGAGAGGUGUCUUGUGAAUCAAUGCAUAAAUCAUACAGUUGUAACAUGAAAUAAGAAAAAAUGAUGUGGUUGUAAGUGUUAAUAUUGCAGCAGUUGCUACAAAUACAUUAACAUGUAGACCGGAAGAAGUUUCAAAUUGUUUUUCAAUUCACACGUGAAAUAAAACGCAGACCCAAAAAUGUAUUUUCAAUUAAAUGUAAGAUCCGAUUGGCACAAGGGGGAGAGAAAAAGCCACUCAAACAUGUUCAUUGAGGCUCCUCUGCUCUGUGAAACAGUCAAAGUUGAACACAAUUAAAUGAUGACGUUCAGAAUCAAGGAGACAACGGUGCAGAGAAUAUCUGAAAUCUCAACACCAGCUGAUUUGACGGCUGCUAUACUCCAUUUUAAUGCUAAACCAACACGUCCAGUCUCCUAACACUGACCAGGCACUGUGUCUAUAAAUGAAGGAUUAUGAUGUACAAUAAUCACUAUAUUAGAUCUGAGGCGAUCGCUGCUUUGAUUUUAUUUAUUUUUUGACACGUGUUAGUAGUUGGGGUUCCAAUCUGUCCACUGAAUGGACCUGUAUGCGGACGAGUAGAAACGGCCAGUACGAGUGCGCUCUCUCAAGACGGAACGUUGCAAAGCCUGUAAACGCAGGUGCAGAAAUGUCAUUUUCUGUCCGAUAACUUGAUUAGAAGUAUGGAUCAAUAACGGCAAACAAUCAUGUCUACUUGAUAUGAACCUUUUGAUGCUGCUGUACACAUGGAGAAAAAUUCAAUAAAUGUAUCUGAGGUAUUAUUCCA